UCACAGGGAGAGACCACAGGUGGUCCCCAAAGGAUGCCCUGUGAGGGGCUGCAAUGUGGAAAAAGAGUCCUCAUCUGAGACUCCUGCAAAGCUCCUGUGACUGUCUCUUGGCACUGUCAGCAUGAAGGUAUUGAGCACAGGGGCAGGUCACAAAGUCACCAUGUCAACCUUCCUGUCCCAUCAUAACCCUACAGUGUUUUGUCCCAAGGUGGGGGAAGGAUUCCUCAGGUAGUUGGGGGAAGGACACCCCAGAGCAGCUGCCUCCCCAGUCCGUGCCCUGAGUAUACCAGGUGGAGUACUACCUGGUGGUAGGUUAGAGGCAGUGAUCCUUACCCCUAAGUUCAGGCAGAGGUGGUAGAGAAAGAUUCCGUGUGACCUUCCACAGCAUCCCAGGAGCUAGCAAAGUCCCAGGGACAGUCAACAUGAUGAGCCACAGUCCCUCCAUGCCUUGUUCGGCACUUUUUCUGCUCCUGCUCCUGUUGCUUCCUCCCACUUUUAAAGGUGGGAGCCUCCGAUACCAUGGUCCUGGCUGGAAAUUAUUCCACCGCCUGAGCAAAGGCUUCAGAAGUUCCCACCAACGCCAGACACAGCAAAUGAGGCAAAACGUGCCUCAGGGUCAAUCGGGAGAUGAUUGUCAGGGUAUUUUCGACCUCUACCUCGUCCUGGACAAAUCAGGCAGUGUGGCGGACAACUGGAUCCACAUUUAUUCAUUUGCAGAGGGUUUGGUGAAGAAAUUCACAAACCCUAACCUGCGGAUCUCCAUCAUUACCUACUCAACAGAGGCUGAAGUUAUCCUGCCACUCACCUCAGACAGUAAAGAAAUCAAUAAGAGCCUUCUCGUGCUUAAGAACAUAGUGCCUCAAGGACUCACACACAUGCAGAAAGGACUAAGAAAGGCAAACGAACAGAUCCGAAAAUCUACCUUGGGAGGCCGCAUUGUCAACAGCGUGAUUAUUGCUCUGACUGAUGGGCUAUUGCUGCUAAAGCCAUAUCUUGACACUAUGGAAGAGGCCAAAAAAGCCCGGAGAAUGGGAGCAAUCGUUUACACCGUGGGUGUUUUUAUGUAUAGCAAACAGCAGUUGGUGAAUAUUGCGGGCGACCCAGAUCGCUGUUUUGGGGUUGAUGAAGGGUUCUCUGCUCUGGAGGGCGUCGUUGACCCACUUACUUCCAAGUCCUGUACUGAAAUACUAUCCGUGCAGCCUACCUACGUUUGUGCAAAAGACUUCUAUCAAGUAAACAUUAGUGGACAUGGGCUUAAUAAUACAAGCAAUAUGAAGCAAGUCAUUUGUAGAUUCAAAUUCAGUGACUCCAAAGUCGUUGAUGAAAGUCCCAGUGAUAUGAAUGAGCACAGUAUAACCUGUCCUGGACCAAAGAUAAAACACACUGGAGAGGACGUUUCUCUUCAAGUCAGUCUGAACAAUGGCAUCUCCUUCAUUGGGAACAAACUCAUUAUAACCAGUACCAACUGCUGGAGUCCUAGGCCACAGGGAAGUACAGCCACAGAUACAACCAGCCAGAGUACAGCCACAGAUACAACCAGCCAGAGUACAGCCACAGAUACAACCAGCCAGAGUACAGCCACAGAUACAACCAGCCAGAGUACAGCCAGAGAUACAACCAGCCAGCCACAGAAAAAAGACCCAGACAAAGUCAGCGCUACUCCCAACCAGGCAUCACAAGGCAUCGUGUUCAAGAGGACCUGGCUGAUGUUCCUGCCAGUCUUGCUGGUGACUCUACUCUUGCUGUGCUGCACCUGGAAGCUUUGCAUAAAGCCUAAGAAACUGCCGCCACCUCCCCCAAAGCCAGAGAAGGAGCCAGAGGAAGAGAGCCCUCCUCCUUCAUCACCACCAGCUCCUGGUCGUGGUCCUGGUCCUGGUCCUAGUGCUGGUCCUGGUCCUGGUCCUGGUCCUAGUCCUGGUUCUGGUCCUGCUCGUUCUCCUGUUCCUGCUCGUCCUCCUCCAGCCCCAUUGCCUGCCAACACAAACCCUACUGUGAUCGUUGCCUGCUGUGGCUGUGGCAACAGAGGCAUGCAGGGAAACCUGGACACAUGCUGUGACUACUUUCACCCAAGCUGCCACCCGAUGCCAUUGGUUUGGUGUCAUCCCAAGGCGCAGGGAGGCUAUCCCGGCUUCGCUGUCAUGAAACCCAGCUGCUCACAGGCCUCCUGCCGCCAAAAGCACUGCCUUUGUUCCAAUCGGGAUUGUUUUCACCUUGCAGAACCACCAUACCCCACAAGGAUUGUCUUUCAACCCAAUGAGAAGUAUUUCAGCAUCACACAGUCACACUACAGCCCAAAGAUCCGCUUUCAAACCAACCAAGAAAGUCUCCCAGUUGCACAGACUCUGUGCUCAAAGAUGUGUUCACCACCCAAUCAGGAGUGCUACACUUUCAAAUCCCCACAGUCCCCAUACCAAGCCAGGUAUACCAAGUCUCCCGCCAGGAUGCUGCCUCUGCUCCCGCCCCAUACCCGGCAAUCUUUAGAAUCCCUUUGUCACACCUAUCCUUUCCCCCCAAUCUCUAAAGGACCAAAGUUCUAAGUUUAAGAGGCUUUUGUUUAUUGCAUUGGACACACGUAGCAGGUCUUAGAUUGUAGAGAGAAAGUUCUGGUUUGCUGCUGAUCAGCAAGCCCCACACCUAGGGAGAUGCUCACAGUCUGAGGUAAGAUCAUGUUGUAUGUACAGGGACCAAGCUCCCUGGGUCCCACUUCCUACCAGUCUGUCUUCGUCUAUCUGCAAAGGCUGCGACAAAUAGGAUCUUCCACAAAGGUCUCUGUGGAACAGCCCCUCCCAGUCUUUAAAUACUAACCACUCCCCUGAAUCCCUUUCCCUAAGUUGUUUUUUCAAAGACAAGUGUAUUUGAAUUUUU